CAAGCUCAAUGCGAUCGUGGACACGAUGAUCAGCCUCGUCGUUUUUGCGCUCGUGGUCUUCUUAAUCGGUGCCGUCGUUGCCGCCCGCCGCGUCGCCAAGGUCCCCACAGUGCGUCUCGUCUCGACCAAGCAGCCCCCCGAGCUGAGCAUCGGGACCGGCCUCACAUGGCACCUGUUCCUCUCGCACAUCUGGUCGACCGGUCAAGACGCCGUCGGAAACAUCAAGAGCGAGCUCCAGCUUCUGGUGCCGGGCCUCAAGAUCUUUCUCGACGUGGAUGAUCUAAAGGAUAUUGGGUCGCUGGAGGAGUACAUCCAGCGCUCGCAGGUCAUCCUCUUCUUCCUCUCGUGUGGCUACUUCCGCUCCAAGAACUGCCUCCGCGAGAUCCGCUCGUCGCUCGAGCAGAGCAAGCCGAUCGUCCUCGUCCAAGAGGCCGACCCUGCAAAGGGCGGCGCGACGCUGCAGGCGCUGCGCGGCGAAUGCCCCGAGGACCUGCAGCAGGACAUCUUUGAAAAGGGCUGGGCGCACACCACCUACAUGCGCGUUGAGGAGUUCCAGCGCGUCUCGCUCAAGACCAUCGUCGAGGCGGUGCUCCUCUGCUCGCCCAACUACCUGAACCAGACCUCCCUCCCGCUCUGCGUGCCGGGCGAGCCCGAGAGCCAGCCGCUCGCCUUUGCCAAGGAGACCAUGCUCUGGGCCUCGCCGGCCAACGCGGGCGCACAGGUGUUGGCCGACGAGAUCGCCACCACUUUUGCCGGUCUCACCGUCUCCACCGCCGAGGCGCCCGGGCCAGCGACGCACAUGCUGCUCUACCUCAACGAGGACAGCUUCAGCGACGAGCGGCUGGCCGAGCAGGUCAAGCAGGCGCGGGAGGACAAGCUGAAGAUCGUCAUGGCGCACGAGAACGACCCGGACCUCGGCGGCUGCCAGUUCUCGAAGUUUUUCGAAACCACGCCGCAGGAGCUCAUCGCCGACGGACUCUACAAGGACCUGGCGCGCCCGUGCUUCCCGGGGCGUCACCACCCGGUGUCGCUCGCGCUUCUGGCAAAGGACCUCGGCGCGACUCCCGCUCGGUCGGGCAGCGUCGCAAGCGUGAGCCGCCUCUCGGCCAGCAUCGCCGAGCGUAGCAGCAGCCUCGUCCUCAAGAUCAGCCGCCGCAGCUCUGCGACGGCAACCACCGCGGGCGACGGCACUGGAGGCGAGGCGACGGUCUCGGUGGACUCGGUGGAGCCGGCGGCCUCGGCGGAGGCGGCGCAGGAGCAUGUCUGACUUC